AUGUGGGUCGGACGACCAAUUCUUUUAUGUCGCGGCGCCGCCGCCCUUGUGAUUCUCAGCACGGCGCCGGUGGGCUUUGUCUCGACCAAUGGCGUCUCUCGCUUUGUGUCGACACCGCGGUCGGUUCUGGACGUGAUGGUGCUGGCUGGGGAGGCCAACUGGGUCACAUAUGUGCUCGUCGAUUUUCUCUUGCCGAUUCUCGGGUCGCGGGCGCGGUGCGUUGAGCUCACGUCGCCAUUUGAAGCCAAAAUGACGGUCCAGCAGUCGUGCAAUGUGGUCGAGCUCGGCCUGGACGCUCGCUGUACGGGGGGUACCAUUCAGGUUGGCAGCUUUCUGCGCUUUUGCCUUUUGGUGGGGCUCCCGUUGCUCUCGCUCAGCCUCGCGUCCAUAGUAGUACAUCUAUGGCGCCGCGACGGUACGACACAGCACCGCGCGACGCGCUCCAACGACCUUUUGCCAGCGUCCGCCCAGGUCUUUCUAAGUGCGAGUCAAUGCCCCACGUGGUUUCGUGACCCGACAACGACGCUCAUGGCCGGCAUUCUGCCGUUCGGUCGUCGCUACUUUCAUGUCAACCUCUGGCAACUCACGCGAGCACCAAGCAUACCAAGCGACGCUAUGUGA